ACUCCCACCUGCCGUAGGAGUCGCAACUACAUUCUCAAAAUAUUGCAUCAUUGCUUUGUGUCGCAAACCCCGCACCUCGAAGAAUUAUCGAAACUUGACAGCCCGUAACACUCUCUGAUACUAUCCGUCGACACGUAACCAUGUCAACUUUCAGCCCUUCCAAGAUCCUCGUAUUUGGCGCGACGGGCAACAUUGGCGUCUUCAUUACCGACGCCUUGUUGGACGCCAGCCCCCCGUUCGGCCAAAUCACCAUCUUCACAUCGCCCGCCACUGUCGAAAAGAAGGCAUCCUUGCUUGACGGUUGGAGGAAGAAGGGCGCCAAGAUUGUCAGCGGCGACAUCGACGACGAAGAACAGGUCAAGACCGCCUACAAGGAUGCCGACACUGUCAUCUCGGCGCUAGGAAGGGACGUCAUCGAGAAGCAGAUCGACCUGAUCAAGCUGGCAGAGGAGACCGACUCCGUCAAGUGGUUCUUCCCCUCCGAGUACGGCACGGACAUCGAGUACAACUCGAAGAGCGCCCACGAGAAGCCCCACCAGAAGAAGCUCAAAGUGCGCAAGUACAUCCGCGAGAACGUCCGGCGGCUCCAGUACACGUACCUGGUCACGGGUCCGUAUGCUGAUUUUUUCUUUAAACUCGCCGCCGCCGCCCCGGAAGCCGGUGGUUUCGAUUCGGCAAACCACAAGGCCGUCCUGGUUGAAGACGGCGACGGCAAGAUCGGAUUGAUCACUAUGAAGGAUGUCGGCACGACUCUGGUCGCCUCGCUCCGUCACCCCGAGGCGUCCUUCAACAAGGCCCUCAAGGUGCAGUCCUUUGUGGCGACGGGCAAGGAGAUCUUGGCCGAGUUCGAGAAGCAAACAGGCGUCAAGUGGGAUGUGACGUACUCGUCGCUGCAAAAGCUCAGGGAGGCCGAAGAGAAGGCAUGGGCCGAGGGUGUGCCUUUUGCCACCAUCUUCACUCUGCGACGCAUUUGGGCCGAGGGCAGCACCUUGUACGAGAAGACGGACAACGAGACAAUUGGACUUGGGCCUGACGACGUCGAGACGUUGGAGGUGGCCGUGAAGCGAGCAUUAGAUUCCAAAGCAAAGUUGUAAACUAAGCCGUUUGUGCACCAUACCGAACGACUCCAACUUGAGAUGUUCGUAUUUAAUAAAUGAACAAUUCGUCUACUCACGGUCUUUAAUUUUCCCAUUCACACUUGAUUCAUCUUGCAGCUAU